GCAGGCGCACGCCUGGAAGCAGAAAGGCAGGAAAAGGGAAAGUGUAACCAAGGGAUAGUCGAGUCUGGUAGUGACAGGUUUUAUUUAUUUGAAACAUUCGGGCAUGUGAAUACAGAAUGAAUAGCGCUUCUAGAAGAUGCCAGUGUAUAUUCUUUGCAUAAUACACGACUAGACGACGAAAAUAAGCUGACCCUAGAAAUAAAGAGCAGUAUAAAAUGGCUAGCAGCUGAACUCUGGGAUGCUGUCGUCGACAUGUCAAGUAAAGAAAGUUCAGAAGGAAAAAAGGGCUCACACCAGACAGAGCUGUAUGAACAGGUCCCAGCAACAUGUCUGCCAAUCGUUUACUCACCUGUGUAUAAUAUCACCUUUAUGGGUCUGGAGAAACUCCAUCCAUUUGACGCUGGGAAAUGGGGCAAAGUCAUCCACUUCUUAAAAGAGGAGCAGUUCAUCACAGAUGAGACUAUUGUUGCAGCGAGGGAGGCCAGCGAGGAGGAUCUCCUGGUUGUUCACACCAAACGCUACCUGAGCAGACUCAAGUGGUCUCUGGUGGUUGCCACCAUCACAGAAAUACCUCCUCUCGUUUUUCUGCCCAACUUCUUGGUGCAGCGAAAGGUGCUGAGACCGUUACGCACCCAGACUGGCGGCACUAUUAUGGCUGGAAAGCUCGCCAUGGACAGAGGAUGGGCAAUUAACGUAGGAGGAGGUUUCCACCACUGUUCCAGCGACAAAGGAGGGGGUUUCUGUGCAUACGCUGACAUCACACUUGCUAUAAAGUUUCUGUUCGAGCGAGUGGAGGGGGUCUCCAGGGCCACAAUCAUUGAUUUGGAUGCUCAUCAGGGAAAUGGACAUGAGAGGGAUUUCUUGGAUGACAGACGGGUUUUCAUAAUGGACGUCUACAAUCGGCACAUCUACCCUGGGGACGGAUAUGCAAAGAGGGCUAUUAAGAGGAAAGUGGAGCUGGACUGGGGGACAGAAGACACAGAGUAUCUCCAGAAGGUGGAGCUCCACUGUGAGGGCACAUUGAAUGAGAUCAGACCUGACAUAAUCGUGUACAAUGCAGGCACUGAUAUUCUAGAUGGUGAUCCUCUUGGAGGCCUGUCGAUUUCCCCUCAGGGCAUCGUGAAGAGGGAUGAGAUCGUGUUUAGGGCAGCACGGAGGAGAGGGAUCCCCAUUCUCAUGGUGACAUCAGGCGGCUACCAGAAGAAGACAGCACGCAUCAUUGCUGACUCAAUCCUGAACCUACACAGACAGCAUCUGAUUGGUGGAGAGGUGUCGGAAGAGGCGGGGCAGUCAAUGGUGCCAGUCAUGAUGAGCAAGUCUGUGUCAGCAGAGGCAACUUUCAAUGCCAUCUAAUGUUUACAUCUAGCUAUUAUUGGCCUGUUUCUUUAAAGUUAGCAGCACUGUCCUCAUUUUUGUUUACUAACAGAAACAUUUAAUCCUGACAAGGUCAUCCAAGAAACUUUAUUCUUCAGUUUUAGUGAGGGAAAGUUUAUAUUUUUUAACUGCAUGAGCCUAGAUUACUUUAACGUGUGGUACUUUAACAAGGAUUUUAAUUCUUUACAUUGGUACUUUAUGCAAUGCUUAUUUGCACAAUUUGAAUUUGAUUUUAAAUGAUGAUAAAAGCUCCAACUGUUCCAAGGGAGAAAGCAGUUUCUAAAUUUACUUUACAAAUUUGCUUUAUAACAUUACCAUAAGUCAUUUAGCACGAAAUACUCCUGUUUAUUAUAAGAGUCUAACCUGAAUCUUCACAUGCAUUGCUCAUCAUUUUAUUACUCUUAUUACAUUUCUAUACUGUUCUAAAUGUCUAAAGCCAUAAAUAAUGACAGUACUCUAUCCCCCAGGUCUAGCACAAUCCAACAGCCAUAUCCUUAGAGAGGUAAUCAGCAAGUUUAUUGGCUUGGCUUUGUGGGACUGACCAACUGAAUGUGCUGUUCUCAAGAGGAUUGCUUGCCUCUUACCCAGGUUGACUUUUCAGCAGACUUCAUUUAAAGGUGUUUUUCAUGAACCAUAACCCUCUCAGUGCCCCCAGCAAGUCUUUGCAAAUUCUUUUUCUUCAUGCUGACUCAACAUCUACUUUUAGAUAUCCAGCACUGAGGGAAUAUAAAUUAUAAAUAUGUGCAGUCCUUAGGUGAUGCUCAAUCCACCUCAAAAAAAAAAAAACUCUCUUUCCUCUCCAAAGGUAUCUUCUUACAACUGUGGUGAUUUAUUUUGUCAAGAUACUCAUAAUGUUGACAAGCUAAGAAUAAAAUAAUGAAACGGAGUUAACCAGAAAGUGGACACUUAACUAGCAAUGACGUCUUCUUUUAUGAAAACAUAAAAACAAAUUCAUUAUGGUUAAUAGCCUUUUAAAGCAAGGUCAUCUUUUAAGGUUGAGCUGCAUCUCCCAUCUGUUGGGUUUAGUGCUGGCUGCUGGAGUGAUAUGGGAAAUAGCUACUAAUAAGUUUGAUGAUGGCUUUCUGUGUUAUUCUUUGUUGAAAGGGGUGUGUAUGAGAGUAAGAUGAAAGGUAAAUAAAUACUUGCAGAUAGAUUGCCAAGGUUAAUUUUAUAGCUCCUUGAGGAAGCUUGAGUGUACCAGUAGGUGCGUGCAUUUGCAAGAUUCAGUACAUUUAAUGUGACUUUUUAGUAGAUAUUUGGUCAAUAAAUUUGUUGUGAACACUACGUAAUAAUGUACAUUUAACAUGAUAAUUCUAUUCCCUUUCUGUUGAUUUUGGUGUUGUGUAUCUUAUUGAUAUGAAUAUACUUUAAACUGAUUCCUGCACUUAUACCCCUCUCAGGGGAGCUUAAUCUGAUGUUUUUGGAGCUAUAAUCAGGUGCGUGUAAGUGUUUAAAUUCUCAUGUACCCUCUUACUGUACUGUAUAUCACCUAACAAAAGUGCCAUGAUAUUAUAUGCAUUCUUAAUUUUUUUUGGUAUCUGGCAUUCAGAUUUAAACCACUUCUGUGUGAGAAUGGAACAAAUAAAUCAAAUCUAAUUACAUGA